AACCGCUCUCAAAAUAUUUGUCUAAACUUUUCAAAAUGUGGAAACGUAGUGUACAUCGUGGGGUACUGGGAAUUCACCGGCACCUCAGUUCAAAGGAUGCCUCUGCAAUUUUCUACUUUGGUAGUACGCAGCAACCACCCGUGAUCCCGCCGUGUUGCUGGUCUGUAAUUCCUAAUGGCAUCCGUGUCAUUACUGAGCAGACUUGUUCGCCUUUCGCAUGCGCUGCCCUCUUUUGCGAAACUGGCCCGCGGUACGAGCAUACUCUCAACAACGGCGUUAGCCAUUUUCUUGAAUUCGUCGCAUACAAAGGUUUCUGCCGCUAUCAAAAGACAAGCUUCCUCAGUUACAUGGAAUCAAUCGGUGCCCGGUUCUGGGCCAAAACCACUAGAGAAUGGCAAGCGUUCAUGGGCACCUGUCCCACUGAAAAUGCAGGUGAUGUAAUUAAUGUCCUCGCGAGGAUCAUGAACGAUCUGCAGUUAGACGAUUGUGAAUUAGCAAUUGCGAGAGCGCAGUACACUCACAUGUUACAUGACGUUGACAAUGAUCCCAGAGGGCUUGUGUUUGAUUUCUUACAUGAAGGUGCUUUCCAAGGUACUCCAUUAGGAUUCUCUGUAGCUGGUUCAUCUGGAAACUUGAAUCUAAUUUGUAGAGAAACUUUACGACACCAUUUACAUAAGCAAUAUCAACCGUAUAGGUUAGUUGUAGCUGUAUCUUCUAUGUUCAAUCAUCAUGACGUGGUGUGUAUGGUACAGAACGAUUUCGGAUGUUUGAUGCAAACGUGUGCUGACCCUGUGUACUGGCCGUGCCGGUUCUGCGGGUCCGACGUCCGCUUUAGAGAUGAUUCGAUGGGUUUCGCUCACAGCAUAAUAGCUAUUGAAGCUCCCGGCUAUAGAACUAAAGAUUACAUGACGUUUAAAAUUAUGGAAGCUAUGUUAGGCACAUGGCACAUAAGUCGUGGUCAGGGACUAGGCACCUGGCCGGGUUUAGCUUUCUGCUCAGAAAUCGGUAAACUGUGCGUCAGUUUCGAAACUUUUUAUAUACCUUACCGUGACAUUGGAUUGUUUGGCGUUUAUUACGUAGUUCGUAAGGAGGCCGAUCAAGAUGACAUGGUGGCGAUGAUAACGAAUUUUUGGAAGCACUUGAGCAUAUUGACAGUUUCGCCGGAGGUAGAGUAUGCGCAAAACGUAUUAAAAUUGAAGUUUGCGAAGGAAGUGAACGGCUGCAUCAAUUCUUGCAUGGACAUGGGAGUGCAGAUGCUGUAUACGGGUUGGCGGCGAAAUUUGGAGGAGACGUGCCUUGAAGUGGAAUCAAUUAAACCCCACGCUGUAAAAGAAGCAGCGAAACAUUAUUUCUACGAUCGGUGUCCAGCGGUGGCUGCGAUCGGGCCAGUCGAAUCCUUAACAGAUUACACCAGAAUAAGAGCCGGAAUGUUUUGGUUGAGGUAUUGAGUUUUUAAUUA